AUGGCCGUUAGCCUGGUGGAAACGGACUGUGGCUUAGCCCUCUUGCGGCUGCUGAGCCGUGGGCAUGCGGUCGUCGCAGAGCUGCAGAGAUGUGCCGAGACCCUGCCUGCAGCCAUACGUGGCGAAGGCGAGUUGGCAAAGCGUCUCUCACCUGUGCUGCCAGACUUUGCUGUUUUCCGUCGCGAAGGGGGAGUUGAGAAGGUAGCUGGCACUCCGGAGUUAAUUGAACUAGAUGAGGAAAGCCGCGAACUCAACGCGGACCCUGCAGAUCGUCUGUUCCGAGUUCUCUCAGCCAUACGAAAAUAUUUUGCUGACCUCGCCAAGCUGCUGGAAGACAUUGAUGCUGGUGUGUUCGUAGGCCAGAGUCAUGAGAGCAUCCUCCGUGAUGCAGAUGGCCUUUGCUUGCUUCCAGAAGCAGUUGCACUGUUGGGCACCAUGCUCCUCAUCGUAGAUGAGCGAAUUUCAGGCCCUUGUCGUGAGCGAGCGCUUGUUCUGUUCUAUCGUUGUACGGCGGGUACAAGCCGUGAGUCGGAUGACUUUGCAGACGUCUGUCGACUCUUCAAGUCCACCGCGCGUCCAGCAGACACGGACUUGGCAAGCAGGCGGCCCGGAUAUCCUGAGAGCUACUUCGCACGCUUCCCCCUCAACCAGGACGCAAUUCGGCUGCUGCUUGGCAAGCUGCAGACCGGGGAUGUCUACGAGGCCUCGCGGCACUAUCCCUUACCGGAGCACAGGUCGCACGGGCUUUCUGCUCAAGCUGGGAUGUUGUACGUUGUAUUGUUUUUCCAGGUCAAGACGCUCGAGUCCGAUGGCAUUGCUAUGCGGGAGAUUGUGGACCGGCAUUUCGGCGAUGUUUGGGUUGUCGCAUAUGCGCUGGGGUACACAGCAGAUCUGCUGCUCAUGUGGGCACCAUAUCCGGCCGCACGUCAGGCGCUUAGCAACGCGAUCACUGCCGGAACAGUGCGUCAGCUUCAAGAGCAGCACCUAGACCGCCUGUCCAAGACACGGUCAAAGCUUGAGGAGUACUUGGUGGAGGGUGUUUUGACGGAGGACUACGUAUCUAAUAAGGCUUCACAGUUGGUCAAUGCGCUCCGCGAGGCCAACACCAGCAUCCGUUGGCUUCUCCUGCAACCCACAACCAUGGACUCGAAGUUACAGGUGGUUUGCAACAGCAGUGCCAAGAUGAAGGAGCAGCUGCUGGGCACAUUGGUUGACACAGCACUGCUGGAGGACAAGAUCAAAGCCAUCUUGGUUCCUCUGGUAGCCCGCCGUGAUGCAGAUUGGAGUCGUCUUAAGGACGAGGCUGCUCAGGCCAUGGACGAUUUAGCCGUGUACUUCUCUGGGCAGCACGCCUUGCGCCGGAACGUUCGCAAUGCCGAGCUGGAAGAUUUCUUCCGUGCGCUGCAGCAGCGUAUCGAGGAUCUCAGCUUCCAGUCCCAAGAGGACCUCCUUGCACUGGGGAGGAAGGUAGCCCAGAUCAACAAAGCUUUGGAGGAGGUUGCACUUUUCCAUGAGGUCAGCCAACAGCCUCAAAUCCUCCACUUCCUCAGCGAUGCGCGUCAGCUUUUGCAGAGGAUGCUGCGCACGGCUAACCUUAGUUCAGAUGUCCUCGAAACGAUCGAGACAGUUGCAGACCUGUCAUACGCCUGGCGUGCCUUGGGAACCUACAAGGAAGCCAUGGGCAACCUGCUAGCCGCAUCGCCAGACAGCGUUAAAGGGCUGCGAGCCUUGUUCCUGAAGCUUGCAUCGAUCCUGGAAACGCCGCUUCGUCGCAUCAAGCAGGCCGGCAACUCCUCUCAUGCAUCCCUCGUUUCCGGGUAUUACUCGGCCAGGCUCGUAGAGUUCAUGCGGUCCGUCUUGCAGGAGAUCCCGCGCCUGAUCUUCCAUCUGCUGGGCCAACUAUCUACCUUGGAGUCCGCGCAGUUGCCGAAAAGCUUGCCCUCUAGGAUAAGCUUGGUGGAGCUUCAAAGCUAUGCACAGAAGUGCGAAAAGGCGAGUCAUGAGGUCGGAAUACUCACGCAGCGCAUCGCCUUGCUGAUGCGUGGCAUCCGCGAGACGGACGUGGCGCUCCUUGGGGCAGUGCUGGUGGAACCCCGUGAGGUUUUGCUCGACGGCCUUCGGAGAGAGUUGGCGCGGCGCAUCGAGUCCUUGCUUGCGAGCCUGUCCUGGCCCUGCGGAAGCUCUGGCCGCGAGGACGCCGAAGGCCAGCUGCAACAGGUGGCCGCGCAGGCCUUUAAACUGCGCCGGUCCUUCGAGCACGUUCAAGACUACUUGGGCGUGAGUGCGCAGCAGCUCUGGCGGCAGGAGUUCGGACGUGUUGUGCGGUACCUCCUCCACAUGGAGCAGCAUCUCCUCCUGAGACGCCGGCCUGCGCCAGCGGAGUCCUCGCCGCACCACGACCCCAGCGUUCCCAUCAAGUUUCCCGAUAUUUCCAACGGGUCACUGGGUGGGUCGUUCAUCAGCCGCAUGCUGUCCAUGCUUCUGGAACUCACGGAUCCCAAAUCUACAAUGGGGGGUUUCCAUCACGACUGGCGGAGCCUUCAAACAGGUGCUGCAAUGCUGGACAGCUUGCUUCUGGAGCUGCUCAUGGAGGCUACCGGGGCCCCUGGCGUAGCGGCCAUUUCUCGGAUGUUGGCCUUACGGGCUGCCGGUCGGGUGCGAAAGGCCGUUUCGGGCUGCGCAGUGCUGCUGGCAGAUGCAGAGGUUCAGCAGCUAGCUGCCAAGGCAAAGUCGUCCCUCCAAACGAAGACAAGGUCUGCCGCAGAGGUGUUGCGGACCUCUGCAGGCCUGCUUUCCAGCCAGGUCGGUCCUCUGGGGGCGGCCUUGGCGAGCGUCGGGCAAGCGGUGCUCGUGCGGCGGCGCCUGGCAGCGCAGCUCAGGCUACACAGCAGCUUGGAUGCCUCUCUCGUCAGCGAGUCUGCAGCUGUCCUGGAUGGGAGCGUGCUGUUCGAAGUUCUGGAAGACACGGAGAUGUCGGAGGCGCAGGAUGGCCAGCUGCCAAGUCUCUGGGACUUCGUGGGCGACAGCAAGGCGUCUUCUCCAGAGGAAACGCAGCUCCGCUUCCGAAGGAAGCUGGCGCGAAUGGGGGAGUUGCCGGGCUUUGCUGAUCCCAUCCGCCAGCUCAUGCAAGUGGUGCCUGAAGGCUCUGCACCCUCCGAGAUGGACUUGAUGAUAGCCCUGGCUCUUGUGCAGUAUACCACCUCUGCACCACCUGUUGCUUCCAUGAGCCGCAAGGCCGGGCCUUCAGAAGCUGCUUCUACCCGGUAUCCUAGGUCAGUAGGCAUCUGCAUGACAUGGUCUGCAUGGUGA